AUGCAACAUCCUAAGGUGACAGUUGACCGGCCUGAUGUUGCUGGUAGAGUCAGGAUCCUUCAGGUGCAUUCAAGGGGAAAAUCACUUGCAAAAGAUGUGGAUUUUGAUAAGGUUGCUAGGAGAACACCAGGUCCACCACCACCACCACCACCACCUCCCAGAAGCAAUCAUUCCGAUGAAAUAGAGAAAGUUGAGGUGGAGCCCCCUGUUGCUCGUGUUGAGGAGGAUGACAUCUUUGUAGGAGAAGGAAUCGACUAUUCUGUCCCUAGUAAAGAUAUGAGCCCAAGCCCAUUGUCAGAAGACAUGGAAGAAUCUCCUAAAAGAAAAGAGAGACCUUCCAAUUUCAAUGAGCCAGCUUAUGGCCCUGUUCCACCCUCGGACCCAUCUCAAGACUGGCAACAAACAGUGAGAAAAAUAGCAAAAUACUUUUAUUUACUAUUUUACCCUCACCUUGCUUAA